AUCUUAAAUCGUGGUUAUGUGUUAUGAGUUAUCACUGAUUUUUUAUAGAAACACUCAAACACCGUCCAGAGUCCAGACGGGCAGACUAUAAGAUUUUACUAUUUUAGUCCGUGAAGAACUAACUAAUAACACAACUACGGCUUAUUCAGCUCAUAACAGUUUAACUUUGUAAUUCAAUUAUAAAUGGCAAUAUUCAUUAUUUAAUUAUAUGCAUAUAUAUUUUUAAUACGACAAUUUAUUAUCUACUUAGUGUCUAUUUUAACAAAAAUUAAAAAAAUGAAGACAAUUCAUAAUAUGAUUAAGUUCACAAACUUCUAUAGCAGAAUGCAUUCAACAACGCAAGUGAAAUGGGAUAUCAUGGCUGGUUUAUGCCUACAACGUAAACCAAUUAUAACUAAAGCAUUAACUGAUACAGAGGUAAAUUUUCAAAAUAUUUUACAAGAAAUUGAAUUUGAAAAGAGUCUGAAAUCAGAUCACGAGCUUAGACAUGAAAAAGAUGUUAAAAGAAUGGAAAAAUUAAAAAAUGGCAAGGUUAUUGAUUUUGAUGAUAUGGAUCAAGCAUCAAAUCAAUCGGCGCAAGACUAUGUAGAUAAGAACAAAGAAGAACUUUUAAAUUUUAAAUUUGCUAAUCAUUCAACUGAGGCAGACACAAUAAAUGAUACUAAAUCAUUAAAAAGAAAAUUGGACGACAAUUUGGUUUUAAUUGUUAAACAAAAAUUGGGCCAUGAAGACUAUUGGGUCUUACCACAAGCUUUGUGGAAAGAUGGAGAAACAUUAAGAGAAACAUCCGAAAGAAUAUUAAAAGAAUCAUGUGGAAAUAAUAUUAAUGUUAGAUUUUAUGGCAACGCUCCAUGUGGGUUUUAUAAGUAUAAGUAUCCAAAACAAAAACGAGAACAAUCUAAUGUAGAAGGGGCAAAAAUAUUUUUUUUCAAAGCAAAACUUUUGGAUGGAAACGUAGAAGAAAAGGGCAUAUGGACAGAUUAUGAAUGGUCAACUGUUCAGGAACUCAACAAGAGACUUAUUCAACCAUACAUGAAAAAUGUUAAAUUAUUCUUGUCAAAUUAUAAUGUAAACACUUAAAUAAUAAAUUACUUUUACCUUUGUUAGCUUUAUUGAUAAUAUUUCUCAGCAAAAUAGAACAGUUUUCAAAAU